AUGAUCAAUCGUGAACCUCGUUUAACUGAACCACUGAAACCAACUUACAUAAUACGUGAAGGUCAACCCGUAAAAAUUUCAUGUCGUUUUGAUGCUCAUCCACGAGGUGAUAUUCAGUGGUUAAAAGAUGGUAUCCCAAUUGAUUUUGCAUCUAUUGGAAUAUCAAGAGAUUUCACCGUUGUACGAGAAGUUGAUUAUUCAGCAUUGAUCAUAAAAGAAGGUUUUCCAGAGGAUACUGGUUCCUACACAGUUGUUAUUCGUAAUCCACUUGGCGAAGCACGAUCAUAUACAAAACUAGCUGUCGAAGAUUAUUUUUCACGUACACCAGAUUCUGAUUUUUCUGAUACACCGAGUAAGCCAACAUUCGUUCAACCAUUAAGAGAUAUUACCGUUACUGAAGGACAAAAGUUAAAACUUCACGCAGCAAUCAACGCACAACCAGAACCAGAAAUUAUCUGGUACCAUAACGAUGUACCAAUAAAAGACUCGCGAGAUGUUACAUUAAAAUUUGAUGGUCAAUUAUGUACAUUGUAUAAAGAUCGUUGCUCACUCAGUGAUAUUGGCUCAUAUCGACUAAGUGCUGUUAAUUCAUCUGGCCUAGCUGAAUCAGUGUGUCACGUAACAAUUACUUCAGCGCAAGGUGCUUUUCGAGAAAAUCGUUUAUUAUCUUCUCGUUUACCACCCGUAUUUAUAGAAUUAUUAAAAGAACAAACGCUUGCAGAAGGUGAAAAAGCCAUCAUGUCUGUAAAACUAUCUGGACAACCAAAACCACAAGUAUCCUGGUAUAAGGACGAUCAACUACUACGAAAUACAAACGAGCAUAAAAUUAUAAAUCAAGAUGAUAUUUACAAGUUAGAAAUACCAGAGUUAUUUUCAGAUAAUGCGGGUAUUUAUUCUGUUAAAGCGGUUAAUAGUGAGGGCGAAGCACAAAGUUUUGCAUCAUUAAAUGUUUUAUCCAAAUCUUUUCAUCAAAAAACAACAUUUGUAACAACGGAACGAUCAACAAAUACCAGUGUGCAACAAAAAGAUGGUGUUAGUAAUGAGCAAGGAUUACCACCCGAGUUUCUUCAAUUAUUUACAGACACAGAAAUAAAAUUAAAUAGUAGCAUCACUUUUGAAGCGACAGUUGUCGGCAUACCAAAACCAAAUAUCAUAUGGCUUUUCAAUGAAUUACCUAUCCCUAAAAGUCGCUAUCAACAGACGGUGACUAAUGAUACCUAUACAUUAACUAUUCGCAAUGUUCGAGAAAAUGAUGCAGGAAGAUAUUCAUUAGUUGCUGAAAACUCACUAGGAAAAGCCACGUGUACGGCUGAAUUAUUUAUUCGUAAGUACUGA